AUGAAAAGCAGUAAGAAAGUGAUAACUGAUAUCGUGAGUAGGAUCUCCGAAUCUGGUAAAGUAGUUGGCAAUAAAUCAAAUUCUAAAAAGAUAAACCCUACUGUAAUUAGUUCUAAUAAUGCAUUAGGAUUAUAUUAUAAAUGUUAUAAUCCGUUAUUGAUUAAACAAGAUUUUGUGGAUUUAUUGCCUCGAGAUCAACGAAGCUUAAUAGACUUUGAUUUCAUACGGAAGAGAGACCCUAAAUAUUUUCAAUUCAAUGAUACAUAUUAUUUAUUGUUUAAAAAUUAUCCUGAUAUGAAUAAAUAUUAUAAUGAGACAAUGAUGGGUAAGAUAAAUAAAAUGAGAGUGAAAUUGAUACCUUUGACAGAUAAAUCUGCAAAGUCUAAUGCACAUGACAAAACGAUGAACAUCUUGAAUAAAUAUUCAAUGAAUUUAUCUAAUGCUUAUGACUCUGGUGAUAAAUAUUUCAGUGGCCUACAGGAUAGUUCUACUAAGAUGGCAAUAGCUAGCAUGGACAAAUUGAUAGAUAUAGAAUCAAAAUCCCUAUUGGUAUGGAAUUUACCUAUUAAAUUGUCCUCACCUCAGAUUCAAGACACUUUUUGGUUCUAUGAUAUAAAACAUUGUUUUAGAAUGUAUUGGAAUAACAAUAAUAUUGGUUCUAAAUUAUCCACUUUACAUUAUUUUGCUUUUAAUAACGCUAAUGAGGCAGAAAAAUUUAAAAAUAAUUUUCAUGGAACUUACUUCAACGAUGAUCCUAAUCAGAAAAUGUUAGUAGAGAGACUGUAA